AUGUACUGGGCUCUGCUGCUGCUGCAGCUGCUGCUGCCGUCGGCGCUGCUCCCAAGCCAGGCAGGGCCUCCCCAGGAGAGGGUCCCGCUCUUCCGGCUUUUUCAGCAGGGUCCUUGGGCGAGCGGCGGCAACAACGCCACAGGCUCGCCGUGCGAGGGGAUCCCUGCCUCGGAGGCCACCUCCGUUACCCUCGCGAACCGCAGCCUGGGGCGCCUGCCCGGCUGCCUGCCACCCGCGCUGCGUAGCUUCGACGGCAGCCACAACCUGCUGAGCGCCCUGAGUGCGCAGGAUCUCGGCGCGCUGCCCCAGCUGCAAGUGCUGACGCUGCGCCACAACCGCAUCUACCUGAGGAAGAUGCCCAGGCUGAAGAACCUGGAGGGGGACAUUUUCAAGAUGACCCCCAACCUACGGCAGCUGGAUUGUCAAGACUCCCCAGCCCUCAUCUCUGUCCAUACACACGUCUUUGAAGACACUCCUCAUCUACAAGUCCUUCUCUUCCAGAACUGCAACUUGAGUUCCUUCCCUCCUUGGAUGCUGGAUUCCUCCCAGGUCCUGUCUGUUAACCUCUUUGGCAACCCCCUCACUUGUAGCUGUGAGUUGUCCUGGCUCCUCUUGGAUGCAAAGAGAAUCGUCCUAAAGAGGGCAGCAGACACCGUGUGCACACCCGCUGCAGGCUCCAGUGAUGUCUUCUCAGCCCCUCUUUCUCUCUCCCAGCUGCCUGGUGUGUGCCAGUCGGACCAAAACGUCACCCUUGUUGCUUCAAUCCCACCCUCCUCUGACCACCCCACCCAUGCCCCAUCAACCCAGGGCAUGAUGCUGGCCUCUCCCAGGGGUCCCUCCACCCCACCCAGCACAAACCCCCGCUCUCAGCCUGGGGGAGGCCAACAGAGUGUCACCAAGCCCCCCUCCCUUCCUGUGAAUUCCCGGACACCAACUGUAGGGCCCCACAGCAGUGCCCGGGAGGGUGCUGCCCACUCCACCACCAUCUCUACAGCGGGUUACCACAACUCCAGCGUCCCACCCAGGGCUGUGAGCACAGACAGGGCAGAGCACACAGGAGGACAUGCUGUGGGGCUUGUUAGUGGGCCUCACAUCUCAGCCGUCCCCACCUCAUUCACCAGCACACAACGUGGUCCCUUCCCUUCUUCAGGAAACCCAGUGAGCCCGCCUCAGCCCAACCAGGGGACUCCCGAGGCCCCCCACCCGGGCCCCUCUGAGGGUGGGAUCCCCAUCAUCUUGUUGGACGACUACAGCGAGGAGGAGGAGGGGGAGGCGCAGAAGGUUGCGGGGGCGUCUUACCCGGAUGUCGCUUGUGAUUAUCACCCCUGCAAGCACCUCCAGACCCCGUGCGUGGAGCUGCAGAGACGCUCGCAGUGCCGAUGCCCCGGCCUCAGCGGGGAAGACACCGUCCCAGACCCGCCCAAGCUCCAGGCGGUGUCCGAGGUGACGGACACGUCCGCGGUCGUCCACUGGUGUGCCCCCAACUCGGUGGUGCACGAGUACCAGAUCCGCUACCACCCCGAGGGCCAGGUGGAGGCCCCGGCGGCGGUGAGGCAGGUCCACGCCACCGCGCGGCAGCACCCUCUGUUGGGGCUGGAGCCGGCCACCACGUACCGCGUGUGCGUCCUGGCGGCCAACCGGGCGGGCCUGAGCCGGCCGGGCGCCUCGGCGUGGAGGCGCCCGUGCGCCGCCUUCACCACCAGGCCCAGCUCUUCGCUGGUACUGGCGGCGCUGGGCGCCUGCAGCGGCCUGCUGCUCCUCAGCACCCUGGUGCUGGCCGCCUGUCUCUACCGGCGGGCCCGGGCGCCCCACCUGGAGCGCCACCACACGCACCUCGUGGCCUACAAAAACCCGGCCUUUGACUACCCGCUGAAGCUGCAGAACAACUAG